CGCGGAGUAGUAUAGAGGUCAACUAUUAUGGGAUGGUAAUGGUGGGCGCGUGAUUUUGAACAAAUAGAUGAUGCCUAGUCAGAAUAAUGGUAUUGGAGUAACAACAUCAGAAAUGACAAACACAAACCAAAACAGUACGACUGAGCUGACACGUCGUUUAACAGCCCCUUCUCUUAAUACAUCACCAGAGUUAUCUCAGACCCAGUUGUUAGUACAGGACCUUGAGGCUCUCACCUCUAUGCAUGUAGAAAUAGACAAACUACAACAAGUCUCGACAGGACAAGAUGUGUUCACAUUGGCUAAUUCUCAAGACAGUAACGUUAUGGUUGAGAAAGUGAAUACAACAACAAACCAGGGGCUCAGUCUAGCCUCAAAUCAACUUGGAAAUCAAACUAUUUUAACAUCAGCUAAGCCAGUACAAAAUACAGAUGUGACAAAGAAACAUUUCGAGUUGAGUGGGAGUUCCCAGGAGGGACAGCAAUUAGCAAAAUUUAUUUUAAAACCUGGCACUGGGUCAGAACCGACUCAGAUGAUCCCCAUACAAACUUUGACAUCAUCUCUCAGUCAGUCGGGUUUAGAUAAUGAAUCCAAUCAGCUUGGAAACAGAACUAUACAGAUGCUUUCACCUACAAAGUUAGUGUCUGGGUCACCGGCAAAACAGUUUGUUACAAUGGGGAAUAGAUUUCCAUCCCCAAAUAAGACUCCUACAAAAAUUACCAUGAUACCAGUGUCAUUAGGCAAAUCACCAACACGGAUUGCCCCUGCACCCUCAGGAAAUAUGGUUGCUAUGGUAGCCAAGCCUGGUGUUGGGGGUAACACUUAUGGAGCAUCUUCUAAAGGACAAACCAUAACCAUGUCUCCUUCCAAAGUUAUCAUAAAAAGCCAAACUAAUCUACAGCAACAGCAACAGCAGACCCAACAUGUAGUUGCCAAGCAGAUUAGUCAACCCCAACAAGUCCAACUGGCAGGCCAGAACAAACAGAUGUCCAUAGCUGUAACCAACCCCAAUGUUCAACAGAUUCAAGUGCCAGGCAGCAAGUUCCAUUAUGUCAGACUGGUGACGGCUCCUAAUACACAGGGCAGUACCACAGUAUCGCGACCAGCUUCGAUAGCUCCAGCCACCCAGGCCAAACCAAUAGCUCCUGCUUCCCAGGCAGGACAGAUGAAGAUUACUGUGCCUGUCUCUCAAAUGCAACAGAUAUUACGGCCUGCAGUAGGCCAGAGAGUAUUACUUCCUGCCUCCUCCCAAAUACAGAUCCGACCUACGACCUCAAUGCCUGUUCAAACUCUCCCUCAAAUCCGGCCGAACAUCCCUGGAUCAACGAACGCAGUAGCAGGACUUCCCCCAGGGGCAACUCUUAUCUCGGGGGGUAACAAUAUGCAAGGCUUUGCACUUGUCCCUGCACAGUAUGUUAACCAGUUGCAGAAUCAGAUUAGCAAGUCUCAAGCUCCAAAGGCGGACAGCAACUUUAUCCCUAUUACAUCAAAUGAAACUGCGACAUCAGCCUCUGCCAGGCAAAACAUCAAUGGGGACCCUAGUGGGACACGACCGAGGAAACCCUGCAACUGUACAAAAUCACAGUGUCUCAAACUGUACUGUGAUUGUUUUGCCAAUGGGGAGUUCUGCCACAACUGUAACUGUAAUAACUGUGCUAACAACUUGGACCAUGAGACUGAGAGGCAAAAGGCUGUCAAACAAUGCCUUGAUAGGAACCCACAAGCCUUUCAUCCUAAAAUUGGUAAAGACCGUGAUGUUGGGUCAAGGCGGCAUCAGAAAGGCUGCAACUGCAAGCGAUCUGGCUGCCUGAAAAACUACUGUGAAUGUUAUGAGGCGAAGAUCUUGUGCAGCCAACAUUGUAAAUGUGUGGGUUGUAAAAACUUUGAGGAGAGUCCAGACAGGAAAACACUAAUGCACUUAGCAGAUGCUGCAGAGGUCAGAGUUCAACAACAGACAGCAGCCAAGACCAAGCUAUCCUCUCAAAUUGAUGACCUACCUGUCAGGCCAGUAGCUGGAGGGGAAAGGUUACCAUAUUCCUUUGUGACAACAGAAGUUGCUGAGGCGACAUGUUCAUGUCUCCUUGCACAGGCAGAGGAAGCAGAGAGGAUACGAUACAGAGACUUGAUGCAAGAACGGAUGAUCCUAGAAGAGUUUGGAAGAUGUCUUGUACAAAUUAUAGAAUCUGCAAACAAAACCAAAUGUGAGUAAACUCCACCUUCAUCUCCAGAAAUAGAUGUAUCAUAGUAGGCCUUCUAUAUGGCUCUACAGCUAUCAACUUGGUCUGUGGAUGGACACUGUAGACUUGCAUCAUGAACUUCAGCUUGGUUGGAUAUCGAUACUUACUACUACUAUUACACCAACGUCACUUGUUUCACAUAACCACAUCAGGGUCGAUUGCUUCACAUGGCUGUUCACCAACUUCAGAUGAACUCUUGGUUUCAAGUACACAAACAUAACACAUAGACGGAUACCUUGUAUGUCAUACACUGUUACCAUGGUAACUAUACAACAUAAGACACAUAAUGGAAACCAGGUAGUACAAUUGUAUCAUGUGAAAUGUGAGAAUGAACAUUCACAUUGACAAAGUUGUCAAAGCGCGCCAGUGCUGAGAUCUAACCAUAUAUGGUAAACAUGAGAUUUAGCUAAAAUAUAAAAUGAGCUCCCAUUGGUUACAAUACCAUGGAAACCAGAGAUAUAUUUAUAAGUAAUAAGACAUUAUGGACGAUACACAUUGAAUCAGUAUUCUCUGUCAGACUCAAAUCUUACAUGUACCAUGUAUAUAAGUGAAUAAUAGUUUACAGCAUUGUACUCAAUCACAAUCAAUGUUUCAAGAAUGCAUUUCAGUUUUUUAGAUGAAUUAUAAUAAGUGUACCAAUGUGUUCAACAGUACAUCAUGUAUUUAAAUGUAUGCCAAGUACAUUAAAAGUAUUGAUCUUUGCAAGAUAUCAGAUCUGCCUUGUUUACAAAAAUAGGGCUUCCUUACAUGAAUAAGGCCUGGCAUCAAAUACACACAGUUACAAUUCCCCCUUGAGUUUUUCUCUGGAAAAUGCAAAUUUUUCUUAAUUUAAAUCAAGCCUGGAAUGUCUAAAUUGUUUGAAUUUCUCCCAGUUUUUAUGAUUUUCUAAAUGCUGAGCUGAACUGAAGAUGUACUUUUUGCUCAGAUUUCUUAAUAAUUUGACAUAUACUGAAUACUGAUGCAUAUAACUGAAGUGAUAUUGUAGAAUAGAAAUGUGAAAUUAUAUAUCAGUGUAUUAAUAAAGCAUCCCACUUAUUGAUAAUUUUGUAGUAUGUAUGUGCCUCUAAAUAUCAGCCAAAUUUUGAUGAUUCUUGAUAUUAGGCAUUAGUCAUGUCCUGAUGCCUACAAAUCUGAUUAAUUCAACGUCAGCCAUGUCCUGACAUUUGCAAUUGUAAAAAUGGGAAUGAAUUAUAUCUAUUACUAAUAUAUAAAUGAUUGAUAUAUGUAAAUGAAAUGGUUGUAUAUAUUUGUAUAUAAAAAGAGUGUAGUGUGAACAGAGAAGUCUUAAAUAGGUUGGUUAUCUGUAUAGUAAUAUAAUAUAAACGACUAAAUAUUAUUUUAACCUCAAGCAAGAUUUUAGAACAUUUUGUAUGAGAUUUGAUUUUGAAGAUUUCUAUUGUGUUAAUUAGAUCAUUUGUAAAGUAAUUGUAAAUAUAUAUGCACUGUUGAAGUCUUUGUCAGGUCUCGCUGCUUCAUAGUGCUUUACUGUUCAAAUGAAAUCUGUUAAAUUGAGUACAAAGAGUAAGCUUUUGUAUUUUAUUUUGUAUUGAGAUUUUAUGUUAAAAUUCUAUGCUUUUUCUUGCGCAGUCUGAAGUUUUCAAACUAUUGUGGUUGUGCUGUGUUUCGUGAAUGUCUUCCACUCAGGCUGGGGUAAUUAAAUUCAAUGUUUUUUCUUUGGUAGAGCGGUGGUUUAUUAUAUAUAAUAUUCUUCAAAGUUGUGCUAAUUGUCUUGUCAAUGAAACAUAUAUUUUCGUUAAAAAAAUUUUAAUACUAGAAUUAUGGUCCCAUGGAGAUUUUUAGGUGAUUUAGAAUUUUAAAGGGAGGAUAUGCCAAACAUUUUAUUUAUUUUCCCCAGCCUUGAUAAUGCACUCUGUAUUCUCUGGCUCAAUUUAACAUGAACAUUGCAGAGGGGAGAGGGGGGACUGCAAUGUGAAUUUCAAUUUAAGGGAGAUGAGAAGCUAUGUGACAUAGUCAUAUAGGGGGUGUAUUCACCAACACAUGAUGUGUAGUUUGUCCUCCUACCUCAGCACAAUCAACUUAAAAUUUAAUGUAUCACCUCAAAAUGUUCAAUAUUGUUGAGACUUGUAAUUUUCUACAAUAAAGUGUAUAGACUGGAUCUAUCAUGUUAUAACUUGUAACCAGCUAGAAUUUAAAAAUGCAGACCCACCUAAAGGUUAAUUCUAAACUGUAUUUUUAGACUGUAGCUUUAAGACAUUCUGUCAUUGUUGUUAAAUAUCUCAGACAUUUCGUUAUUGUUUCAUUUCAAAAUUUUGGUAAAAUGAUUAUCCUUGGUGAUGGAGUAGGAGAAUAUGCAUCUGUAUUGAAAUAGGUGGC